AUAAGAAUUUAAAAUUUCAAGCGCGGGCAUUGUUGUUGUAACAGUUAAGGUUAGUCAGUAGCGAUAUCGAAUUUCGCAUGUUAAUAUUAUUCAUUAUAUAUAUAUUUUUCAUUAUAAAGCUAGUUUCUCUGGGGUUUUGCUGUUACAUAGAUCGUGCGUUUCUUGCCACGCUGCAUUUCAGUGUUUUAAACACGAGUAGUGCAGCGCAAAUGGCUUCAAAAAUUCCGGUGCAUGUGGACAACCGUAGUGGAAACGCUGCAAAUCCAGAAGUUGCCGUUCAAGCUUCAAAACAAAGGAAAAUUCAAAACGUUCUUUCAAGGAAAAAGCCUGCCAUGAGGGUCCCCAGAGGCUGUGAUACAGAGCUGCAUGAGCAGAAUCUUGCUUUGCAAGCAAGUAAUGAAGAGCUUACAAGAAUCUUCUCGCAGUCGAAGGAGCAGGUGAUCCAAUUAGAACAGCAGUGCACAGCCCUUCAUCAGGAGAACAGGGAGAUCCGGAAGCAGCUCGACAGUUGCUGUCUGCUGCUGCUUGCUGGGAAUGUUGAUCCAGUUUUGGGUCAGAGAGUUGCAGAAAUGACAAAACAGAAUGAAGAACAGCAGAAGGAUGUCAUGAAUGCUGCAGCGGAUCUGCUUGGAGAGCUGAAGACUUUUGGGAAAUUGGCCUCGGGACACAGACAGCAGCUGCAGCAGGUGCAGGAGACAAUGAGGGUGCUUAAGAGCAGCCAAGAGCAGCACUGUGAGGAGAGGAAGGGCUUUUCUCUGGAAGUGGAGACGAUGGAGAGGGCCCUGGAGGAUGCCGAAGCUCUGCUGCAGGACAUAUAACAGCCAGAUUGUAUCUUUACUUAAUCCGUAAGCUUCAGCACAGCAUAUCUAUUAUACUGUGCUAUGUUGUACCAUUAUUCAAAGCCAAUCUUUCAGUAUUCUUGUAAACUACUAUACUCCUUGGUCUGGAAUAUGUGCUGUUUUGCCUCUUUCUUCCUCAGAUUAAUUUUUUAAAUGUUAUUGAUAUAAUAAAGUCUUAUUUAUGCUUUGCAUAUCCAA